GACCGGAUAUUGUUUAAUAAUUGUUAUUUAACAAAAUAAUUAAAUAAUUUUUAAUUAGUUAAUAUUUUAUGUUAAUGUAAUUUAUUUGUAAUCAUAAAAAUUGGGUUUAUAUUUCAUAGCACGAGACCACAAUAGUUUCAUCUAACUUUUGACACAAUAUACUUUAAUAGUCAUAACUAUUACCGUUGUGUUAAAUAUAGCAAAUUUUUGAAAAAUACACUCGUAUAGCCAUUUCGUCAUGAACUUUAUCGAGAAUCUCACGAUUGUUGGCUGGACUAAUGGAUGUUUAAAACGUGGCCGAGGUUCAUCUAUGUGGCAGGACAAGUGGAAAGUGUUUCUAAUUUCAUUACUUAAAAAAAGGUUAAAACCUUAAAAAUAACUUUACCAAUUACUCGACUCUAUUGACCAUUUCGAUAUAAUUUUACCCUUUCUCUUCUCUCCUUCUUCUCCCAGUGAAACAACUCCCCCAUCACUCCAGAUCGACGAAGUCAAUCGAUCGAAGAUCACACCUCGAUCCACCCAUCCGUCGAGCCAGUGAACGAUGUCUCCCCAUACCGCUCCUCCAUCUCAGGUGAAGUUUGGGCAGAGGAAACCAUGCAUCAUCCGGCUGAUGAAUAGAUGACGGCGACGAACCCUAAUCCUUUGUCGCACCCGGUCUUCGUCGCACCCGUCACUUGAAUCGUCCCACCCAGAAUCGUGACGCGAGCCUGGCUAACCCUAAUUUCAUAUUCGCGUUUGAGGCUUUUUUCUAAUUGGAUUGUGGUGGCUGGUGAGUGCGCAUGUCGUGAGGUUGUAGUGUUUGAUUGCUAUUGUUGGAAUGAGGUUGAUUAAAGUGCAUUUAUUGGUAUCUAUUUAUAGGUGUUGACGAUCUGUAAAGCUUGGAAAGCAACACAACAAGUUCGUGAAAGGACCACACAUCUUCUCUUUGUGGCGAGAUUGCCCCUGAAUCAUACGAUACGAAGUUCAAGACAUUGGAUACAAUAUUUAAUUUGAUGUGAUGAAUUAUGUGCUUUGAAAUGGUUGAUUUGAAUCGCAAUUCAUUAGUGGCGAGUUUGUUGUGUGCGAUUUGUUUAUUCUUAAGCAUUAGGUUGGUUGCAAUUAGGGCUAAUUAAAUAUUAAUUGUGUAAUUAUAUAGUAUAUAAUGACAAAAAGGUUGUUAUCUUAUUAGAUGGCAGACUCAUGGGAUGAAUUGGUAGACGAGAAUGACCCAAAUCAGAUUGGGCAUGAUGAGGUUUCGCUAGCCACAGACAAUAUUGGGGUUGCAUCGGUUGCGCCUGAUAUCUAUCAUGUUUAUGACUCUGAUGACGCCAUGACAUCAGAUGAUGAAAAUCAUGAGGCUAGAGUUAAUCUACAUGCAUAUGGUGAAGGGAGGAAAAGGAAACUGGCGACAAGGGUGGUUGCUGGUGGUGAAGAGGUAGACCGGAUUGAGGAAUUCGAAGAAGAUGACUCUGACAACGGGGAGGACGAAGGGGUGCUUCUCACGGCAGUUGGUAAAGAUGGAAACAACCAGAUGUUUCCAAUUGCCUAGACAUUGUAGAAGGGGUAAAUACCAACUUUUGGACAUGGUUUGUUACAAUUUUAACUAAAGAACUGGGAUUAAUGGAUGGAAGGGAGUGGACGGUUAUAUCGCACCAGCAGAAGAUAUAAUAGGCUUUGUGUAUUUCUUUAACAUCUUAUUCAUGGUUUGUAAACUAAUGCAUUUUCACUUGUGUAAGGCCUCGUUGAAGCUAUACACGAAAUUCUAUCGGAAGCUGACCAUCGAAAAUGUGCUAGGCAUGUGUAUGCCAACUAGAAAGCCAAGAACAAGACUGACCGAAUUCGAAAAUUAUUCUGGAAGGCGGUGUAUGCGUGCAAUAAGGUUGAGUGGAAGAAGGUCAGUCAAGAGAUGGAGUCUAUUCAAGGUAAUGGAGAUGGACCUACCCCAUUUAAGGACUUUAUGGAUGCUGAACCGAGACGAUUUUGGAGAGCUUUCUUGUCUACUGGUCCUAAGUGUGAUAGUGUCGAGAGUAACAUAUGUGAGACAUGGAAUGGCAGCAUUGUGAAGUAUAGACGAUUUUGUAUUAUAGACAUACUGGAAGGGAUUAUGGGGUAUGGAGAGAGUGGUGAUAAAGUAUAAUGUGUUGUAUCUUGUAUGAGAGUAAGGAAAAGUUUGGAGAAGGAGAAAGAGUUUGCUAGGCUAUGUGUAGCUAGGCAUGAACAGAAUAUGAGAUGUGAAGUCAAGAUGGGAGCUUAAGGUUACAUAGUAGUCCUCAAUCUUAACGAGUGCAGCUGUGGUUAUUGGCAGUUGAGUGGGUUGCCAUGCUGCCAUGCAGUUUCUACAAUCAUCCAUUUGAGGAAGGAUAUGGAUGAUUACAUGCAUCCUUCUUACCUAGUGGUGAAUGUGGAGGUUUGCUACAAGGUUGGACUGCCUUUGUCUUGAUGGGAGAAAAGCAUGGCCUGAUGUUGUUGGGUUUGAUGUAUACCCUCCUAGAGACAUACCAAUGUCAGACCAUCCUAAAAAGAAUAGAAGAAAAGCAGUUGUGGAGUUGGAAACAAGAUCAUAGAAAAAAGGGUUGGUGAAGAAGUGACUAGGAGGGGCAACCUGAUCCAUUGCUCCAAAUGUGGAGCUGAAGGGCACAAUGCAAGGGCAUGCCCAGCACCUGCUGUUGCUAUUGAUGCUUGAAACAUGGUAUAACAACUUACUUUUAGUUACAUUCUCCCUCAAAAUAUUAGCUUAUUCCUAUCCAACUAAUACAUGGUUCUUUUGUAUGAUUGAAGGGAAUGAACACACACAGGACAAGAAGACGAGUUGCUGCCACUACUGCUCCACAGAGUGACAAUCCACCAAGGCAGAGGAGAGGCAACCACUACUCCUAGUGUGGCUCUGCCACACACAAUGCAAGGACAUGCCCGUUGUCCAGGGGCGUGGGGAUACAAGUAAGUGUUUAGGAUAGGAUGUAGAUGAAAUCAUAGGUUGAAUGAUGUAGAUGAAUGUUAAAUUUACUGAAUUGUUUUACAUUUAGGAUGUGAGGUUGAAUGUUGGCGAUCGUGUAACGAUUGAAAGGGAGCUUCGCCAUUCAACAAGAGGAGUUGGUGUUUAAGUUUAUGAGAACACUGGUAAUCAAUAUGUUAGGGUGAGUACAUGCGAUCAGUAAAACCAAGUUUUCUUUGUCGAUAACAAGUGUCCUCAUGAAUUAAUAAUUUUGCUUCUUGCAUGCAGCUGAAUGGGGCAAAUGGGAAGUAUGUUGGAAUUGGUCCUCCAGCUCGCUUGACUCAACUUACUGAGGUGGAUCUGCAAGGGAGCCAUCCGCCACCAACACAACCUUAGAAGACAGUUUAUGCAAUCAUGAGUCGUGUUUUUGUACUAGCACUAACAAUGACCUUGGUAGUGGCUAUUUUGGUAGACUCAUGUAACUCGGUUAAGACGAUUUAUGUUUAGUUUUAGGUUGCUAUUUUAGGUGUAGCUGAAGGAAACUCUCUAUGUUAGGUUGAUGUUCAACCUUGAAACAUGCUGUUGGGCACUAUUGUAGAUGCCCUAUCUUUUGCAAGGAUGAAGUUCCAAUCUAUUGUUCCAGGUUAUCUUUUGGAAAGACAACACAUUGUUUACUCAGGGUUACACAUUACAUACCAUCUUUAAUAUUCAACUUGCAAAUAAAACACAAUAUCCUAUCAUUGUGAAGCUAUAGAUUACACAUUACAUUCCAAUUUCAAGAUUAAACCCGCCAACAAAACACAAUAUGCUACCAUUGUUUGCUACCGAUUACACAUUACAUACCAUUGUUACAAACUCGCUGCUUCCACAAAACUACAACCGGUAAGGCAUUCAGAACCAAGAAAAACUGAGCAUAUAUCUCAUCAUUCCCAUUUCAUGAUGCAAAUUCCGAGCUUCAGCUAUUCUGUCUUUCUGAACUUUCAUCCAAUUGCGUAGCUCCUUCAGAAGUUUGUUUUCCUUCUUCCUCCUCACUGCCUUUGAUUCGGCCAAGCUUAAGCUCUCUUCCAACUUCAUCAUCAUACAGUCAACCUCACUGUUUCUUGCCUCUGUUACAUCAUAAUUGGAUUCCACCCACCGAAAAAAAUUGCACCCACCUUUCGGAUCCUGCAACAUUGUAAUUCCUUAGCCACAAUACAUCAUAGAAAACUUCAUCCAAACUAUGAUUUGCUUACCAUCCAAUGAGGGCAACCACAAAAUUGUCUGCCUAGGUUCAACUCCGUCCUAGAAAGGGUUACUGACGAAAGGGUUACUAACGACGUUUAUCUUUUCGUUCAAGUUUGUAACGGAAAUGACUAAAUUUUCCAAGCAAGUUUUCAAAAGUGGCUAUACGAGUGUAUUUUUCAAAAUUUGACUAUAUUUAUCACAAAACGAAUAGUUAUGGAUAUGAAAGUAUAUUUUGCCCAAUAUUAAUGGCCAAUGAAUUUUUAUUCUUGUACUUAUUUAUUAAUAUCUUAUAUAGAUUUAUCUCAAAUAAUUUUUGAGCUUCUCUUUUGGUUCAUACAUAUUCCUUGCGGUAAUCCAUAAUUGUAUGUAUGAUUAUAUAUGUUUGUCACCUAAUAUCAAUAUCGUCACAAAAUUGAUUCAAUCUCGAUAAAGAAUUACUAUCUCAUUAUGUAUUUGAUUCAAAAUAUGUAUGACCUACCUACUGAAAAAUAUGUAUGACCUGACACAUCUAUAAAUUUUUAAAAAAUUAGUUUCAACGUUAAACUUUUACCACAUGAAUCAUAUUAAAGUUUUGGACUUUUCUACGGUGACUUGCAAGUCACCCUAACUUACAUUUUUCGACCGACCUCAGUUAGUAUUAGGUCUACCUAAUAUGUUGUUUCAGUGUAAAAACAUUUUCAUGGUGCCUACUUUGGAGAUUCAUAUCUUACAAUUGGCUCGAUGGAAAUUGGAGAUUAAUGGCUUGUUUUGAAGCUGAAGUGUCCCUCUACACAUUGAAGUACUUGGGAGCUCGAUAGAAAGUCUAGAAGAACAUUUUUGAACUUUAUCAAAGGUUAUGCCAAAACUGGGAAACUGCAUGAAAAUGGUUGUUUGGGAACGUGUUUGUGAAGCCUACUUUAGAGCUCAAUUCGAGAAGCAUGGAUGAUAGUCAAGUCCAGGAGCCUCUACCACGUGAUAGUAGGUAUGUCUUUCCUAGCCUUCGUAGCAACGUUGAGCCUUUUGUUUGAAGCCUUCCAGAUAUCAAAUCUUUCAUCCAAUGCCUUCCCUUUGUAGACAAACAUACCUACUUUCAUGUGGUAGAGACCCCUGGACUCGACUCCCAUCCAUGCUUCUCGAAUUGAGCUCCAAAGUAGGCUUCACAAACACGUUCCCAGGCUUAGUGAUUUUCAGGUAGUUUCCUAGUUUUUGCAUAGCCGUUGGCUCAGGUUCAAAAAUGGUCUUCUGGACUUCCUAUCGAGCUCCCAAGCACUUCAAUAUGUAGAGGGACACUCCAGUUUCAAAACAAGCCAUUAAUUUCCAAUUUUCAUCGAACCGAUUGUAAGAUAUGAACCUUCAAUGUAGGCACCAUGCAACUGUUUUUACACUGAAACAACAGAUUAGGUCGACCUAAUCCUAAUUGAGGUCGACCGAAAAGUGCAAGUUACGGUCACUUGCAAGGCACCAUAGGUGCACCCUAAAGUUUUAUAGACUAUCAUUUCAUUCUUAUGUUUUAUAAUAUUAUAUCAUAAACUUUAGAUUACAAUUAUUAAAGAAAAUAUUAUAUCUAAGCUUAAUUGAGUUAGGUCUCUGGCUUGGACGUAGAAAUGACAAUGGGGUAGUUCCGAGGUAUCUUGAUACCUAUAUCCAUCUCGUGGCAAGUCGGGUAAUUCAUCAUAGGGCAUUAGUCGGGCCAGAUUUAUCCAUAUGAGUAUGUAAUGUAAAAGGAAAAAAUAGAAAUAAUCACUUUUUCAUUAAAACUAAGAAAUUAACUAAAAUAUGAUAAAUGUAGUUAAAUUAUUCGAAAUUUUUUAGGUUCUCACCUAUUUACAACUUCAUUAUAACAAAAAUAUGAGGUAAUAAAAUUAAAAUUACAUAUAAUUUAGGCAAAGACGGGUCAAGUAUGGGACGAGUCAGGAUAGGUCAGGUCAAGGAGAGUACACAUGACCCCAUGCCCCACUUAGGGGCCGGUUAAAACAUGUGAGGUCAAAAUUGUCAAACUUAAAGGGAGUAUACUAUGAAAAAUAUAAAUAAUUGAGCUUGGCUUUCAAAUCCAUAGGAACACUUUAACCUAUUCUGGAAUAACAUGCACUUAAGACUCAUUUAAUCAAUCAAUAUAAUAUAUUAUAUAUUUUUUUGGCUAAAUUACAUAUUUGGUCACUCAAAUUAAACAAAUCUUUCACGUUUUCCACCCGAAUGACUUUUAUUUCUUAUCAACCACUAAUUUUAUGAAUCGUUUCACCGUUAGUCACCAGCCAUUACAGUCCGUUAAAUUUGCCCUACGUGGUAGUCAACUAUAAAAUUUGACAGUUAAUUAGAUGACGUGAAAAUUAAAAUAAACUAAAACAUAAAUUUAUUAUUCCACCUCAUCAUUCCACCUAAUUUGUCUAUAUGAAUUAUCAUAUUAAUUAUUUAAUAAAAUUACAAAAUAAUUGUCAGCCCGUACAAUAAUCUCCUCUGUUGAGAGACCCGGGUGGUCAUCGUCCACCAAUCGACGACCUUCUCCAUUCUCGUCUCCGAGCUCUAGCCUCCCUAUUUUCGAUGUCAAGUACUUGCUCCCUAACCAGGAGAAUCCCGACGGAUUGUGUUGGAAAAAAUGAAAAUUAAGAAAAAUUAUUUCCACUAACGUCGAUCACUAUAGCGCAAGAAACAUUUUACUAUUCAUACAGACUCAAAAUUAUUAUUAACCUUCUUUCGAUUGGUUGGCUGUCUGUCGUGGGCCCUGAUGUUAACCAAAGGAAUUGCUGGUUGCUUCGCCGCCAAUUUACAGCUCCUUUGCACCUUCCUUUUCUUGUGUUGGGGCUUCGAGUUUCGCGUCGGCCUCAAAUCCACUGUAUGGUAUUAUUGGUGAUGAUGGCGAAGGUUUGGAAAGAGUGAAGGUCUUUGUGUCCCAAGGGUUUCUCGAGUAUUGCGAUCCUUCACAUAGAAGUUGAGCGGCCCUUGGACGAGUUGGGUCUUUUGCGUGAUGAUGGCCGCUGCCGUCUGUACCUGGCCUGCAAGGAAGUUGAGUGACCAUUUUCCCACCACCAGGCGCGGUGUCCGAUGGAGGUGAUUCAACCCUUCGGUCAAUAGGAGAGAUGGUUAAAGGCAAAUAAGAAACCAGACACCAUUCCUUCUCUCCCAUUCCUUACUCAUAAUUCGAUUUCUCUCUCAACAACAAUACAUUCUCACCUCACCUCAUCUCUUCCUCUCUCUCUCUCUCUCUCUCUCUCUCUCUCUCUCUCUCUCUCUCUCUCUCUCUCUCUCUCUCUCUCUCUCUCUCUCUCUCGGAGGCAAGGUAGUUGCGAGCCGACAGGGAAUCACCGAUAACCCGCGAUUUUGAGCGUCCUUCAUCGACGAAGAGAAGAUUCGGAGAUGGUCUCUCUCUCAUCUCGAAGGCGAGGUAAUUGUCAGCGACCAGGGAAUCGUCGAUCACCCGCCGGUUGUGAGGAUCCAUCUCCGACAAAGAGGAGAUUCGAAGAUGGUGCGGGGCCGAUUCUCAAGCCACAGCAUGCUGAUUCUCUUGGCCUUUGAUUUUUUCUGGCGAAAUCGAGGUGAUUGACGGGAUGGGGAUCGCCGAGAACCUGCCGGUGAUCAUCGUUCUUCUCUCUCCCUCUCUUCUCGGAACUUUGACGGUUUGAUUAGACACCGAAGAGCACCAACUUUCCGGGUUAGUUUGUUUUCUAUUUUUUUUCCCGAAUGGUUUUGUAUCUCUCAUUCUGCCUCAGAAGAAUCUGUUUCAUCUGUUUUCUGACAAUAUUCUGGCUUUGGGUUCGUUGAUAGGAUUUUCUGAGAGCUGAGUUGAGAGUCGAAUCUCAGCGAAAGGCUGCGGGACCAUUAGAUUGUUGAGUUCUAAUGGUGUUCACACUGAUUCGUAGGUUCUGUUUUAGUUUUUGACGGUUAAUCUCUCUGUUCAUGGAUGGAUCCUUCUCUGUUUUACAGUGUUUUUCUCCUGUCCAGGGAAAAUAUCGGUGAUGCAUUACGUGUUUGAGAUUCGAACAUCGGCGGCAGUCGUCUGAACUCCAGUCAGAGGGCAACAUACUCCAAGGAUUGCUUUGAUGCGAAGAGCAAUUGAAUUAUAACUUGGUGAUUCAUGUGGGGAGGUAUUUAAUAACUCAUAAAUCGAUCACCAUACCAAUGUUUAUGAGCCCUGGAUGCCAUGGAGUAGGAACUUUCGAAGCCUUUUCCUAGAAUUAAGGUUCUUUCUUAAUUCCUUUGUUUUCUUAUUGAAAUCCUGUUAAUAUGAUUUUCCUGUACUUUUUUAUUCCGAAUGUAGAUUUUACAAACUGUAGAGAUUAAUUGGAUGACUCCGCAUAUGAUAGAACUUAGAGGGGAAGCUCAAGUGAUCAUGGGUUCGGAUCCAGGGCAGGAGUUACUUAACAUGUAUUCCUCAUCUUCUUUUUUUGAGUCUCAAUUAUAUCUUUCUCAUUUUAUUCAUGUUUUGGAGUGUGCUAAAUCAAAGGCACUUUAUCAAAAUUUGGUGAGCUGUUAUCAAGUUUUUGGGUGUUAGAAAUUCAGAGCUUUGCGGGCUAUUUUGUUGUCCUCUUGCAUGAUGGAUGAUUUAUGAGCAUUUCACCUAGGAUUUUUUUGGGUAAUUAGUUGUUUCAAAUACUUACGAGUUCAAGAUUCACCUUUUGAUAAGUCACGCUCUUUGGGUUAUGCAAUUCUAAUGUUCUAUUUCCUUUUCCACCGAUGUGUUUUUGGAUCAUGUGAAUUACUUGCUGUGGGCAGACAAGUGUUGGGAAGGAACCCUUUUGUUAUGGGUGUGAUUUCUUGCAAUUUGUUUGCAUUUGUUUCACUUUCCUCCUUUCAUUGGUAAAUAUUAACUCAUAAGCUUCCAACAUGUAAUCUAUCGAUUUCGAACUAUUCCAUAGUUAUUUGUUAUUGUUAUGUAUAGGAUGGAUUUUCCAUCAGUUCAUAACAGUAGUCAAAAUUAGUGUUGGUAUUUAGUCUCUGGUAUAAAUAGCAUAUUUUGGGUAUCCUUUCAUGAUUCAAGAGAGAUGAGUAUUAGUUAAUACUCAUCUUGCUGGUUUUGAUCAUAGUUUCAUGUUCUUUUUUGGUGGACUUCCAGUAAUUGUGGGUGGUCAACUAACAUCAUGAUUUCUUUUUCUUGAACGUCUUCAGAUAAAUCUCAUGUGGUGCUUCCUGACAUAAAGCAAGUUCAUAUAGUCAUACAGACUCGAAAUUACUAUUCAACUGUGAUGGAGUUAAGGAAGAAACAAAGCAAGUUCUGGAAGGUGCCAUUAAUUCAAGUUAAUACAUCCUAUAGUUUUGC